AUGAUAAGUAAGACCAAGACUCUCCCAGCCGUGAUCUUCUAUUUCUCCAAGAAAAAGAUCAACGAUAUCAGUAGAUACACAACCCAGUUUAGUCUGACGUCACAGUCCGAGCGCGAGGAGAUCAGCUCGUUUAUUGACAAGUGUUUGACCCGGUUAGAACCCAGGGACCACAAGCUGCCACAGGUAAGGAGCCAAGGGACCACAAGCUGCCACAGGUAAAUCUUGAGGUUUAUAAUAAUAUGUAAUGGCUGAAACCCCAUGAUUCGAUUCGAUGUUUUGGAUGUAGUUUAAUUGGUCUUAUCCUUGCAUGAUUUGGUACGAGUAGAAUUCUUAAGUAGAACUUUUCUUAAGGAUGGCUUUGGGAUAUGGAUGACGCUGAUGGACACUGGCGCAUGCAAGGCAGAACAUACAAGGCCACCGGGAAGCGGCGAUAUCACGUUGAGUUUGUUGGUACACAUCAAAUAGCGUCACUGCUGGGAGGAAUCAUGUCACGUGACACAAUCACCAAAGCCAUCUCGCUUGCUGUUGGCCACUACCUCAACACAAAUCCAACCAUUACAUUGACCCCUAUGUCCAAACAUUACAUUGACCCCUAUGUCCAACCAUUACGUCGACCCCUGUCCAACCAUUACAUCGACCCCUAUGUCCAACCAUUACAUCGACCCCUAUGUCCAACCAUUACAUUGACCCCUAUGUCCAACCAUUACAUUGACCCCUAUAUCCAACCAUUACAUUGACCCCUAUGUCAAACAUUAAAUUGUCCCCUAUGUCCAACCAUUACAUCGACCGGUAUGUCCAACCAUCACCUUGAGCCCUCUGACCAACGGCAGGUUUUUGUCCACAUGAAUCACAACAUAUGUCUGGAGUUGGAUAAGGCAGCAAUGUUUCGAAGUUGACUGACUUAGCCGGACUUUUCGACAACAAAUAAUUAUUUGAAUUUUAUAUGUAACUGGAUGCUUUAUUUUGUUGAUGCCCUUGGUCUUAUCCCUUUACGAUGACUUAUUCAUUAAGUUGACUUAUCCAGUUAAUUGGACAUUUGAACUAAUGUGUUGACUUGUAAGAAUGCAGCUCUAUAUAUUUUUACUCUCCGACCAAAAUUAAUUGUAUAUUUCUUUCCAAUAGGUAAAGAUGCUAACUGAUUUACUCCAAAGAGGAUUUGGUGUGCAUCACUCCGGUAUACUCAC